CCUCGGCAAUCACGCCUUCGUAGCCUCGACUCACCUCUCGACACCAUACUACCAUACCAUCAGACCGCGCAAGCCAUCAUGUUCACCGCACUCAAGCUAGAAGACUUUCACCUGCUGGAGAAUGCAGCUACCGAGGUAUCCUCCGUCGCACUCGGAGGGCAGGCAUUGUCAUGCUCUGACGAGUGGUUCGCACCAGCCUCGGACCUGCUCAAGGUCGAGCCAGCCCCCAGUCUCAAAGGUCAAUUCGGACCCAAGGGAGCACUGUUCAGCGGAUGGGAGACGAGACGGCACAAUCCCGAGCCAACUGACUGGGCCAUCAUCAGGCUGGGUCCAAAGGCUGGGGCUUCCAUCGUAGGCUUUGAUGUAGACACCGCUCACUUCAACGGCAACGAGGCUCCUGAAGUCGAAGUGUUCGGCCUGCGCAUGCCAGCAGAAGAGGAGGCUGCUGGCUCGAUUCCAGAGCACACUGACAGCAGAUGGGAGCCAAUUCUGCCCCGUGUCCCUUGCGGACCAUCUCAGAGGCACCUCUUCUCCGUGCAACACGAGGGCAUCGUCACGCACGUCAAGCUCAACAUGAUUCCAGAUGGUGGUAUCGCCAGGUUCAGAGUCUAUGGCAAUAUUCCACCUCCUCCUGUUGGCCUCGGUGUAGCAGAGUCUCAGAGUCCGGACAGUCGUUUGAACUCACUCGACCUCGCCCAUUCUAUGAACGGAGGUCUAGUCGUCUUCACUUCAGACCAGCACUUUGGGAAAGGACCGAACGUCCUUCUUCCCGGACGAGGUCACGAUAUGGGUGAUGGCUGGGAGACGAAGCGCAGCAGGACACCAGGCCAUAAAGACUGGCUUGUCAUCAAGCUCGGUGAGCCAGGCUUCCUCGACUACUGCGAGAUUGAUACUGCUCACUUCUUGGGCAACUUCCCCGCCUCGGUCGAGCUGCACGGUAUCGACUCCGACAGCAAGAUCCCUCCGGGCGCCGAAGACGAAGAUGGAGCUUCACAAGCGGGUUGGACCCAGCUUCUGGAGAGGCAAAAGACUGGACCAGGAAAGCAGCACUUCUUCAAGCUGAUCAGCGGUACAGAAAAGCAGAGGUUCAGCCAUAUUCGCGUCACCAUGCAUCCCGAUGGCGGCAUCAAGCGUGUUCGCAUCGUGGGUCGUCGCGCAGCCCCUCUGGCCAACUACACAGAGCCGCUCCCUCCCCUUUCACUACCAGGCUUCACAGACAAGGCUCUCCCCAACGAGCCGGUCGUCGCCUCAGCUUUGGACAGUCUGAGCCAAGCGGCUACAGCAGCGUACAACGCCGUCGCUUCAAAGAGUGGGUCAUCAUCCGCGCAGUCGCUCCGAGUGGUCAAGGCCGUACCACUCACCACUGCCUCUUUCAGUCCCUACGGCCAAGUAAUCGCAGGUCCGCCCUCAACCUCCUCAGCUCCAGCAUCGGGUUCUUCCACCACCGAUUGGCCUCACGCAAUUGUUAAUCAAGGCACAGCAAAGAAGUACGCUCAUCAAGGCCAGAUUCACCAGUCGUUCUCCCUAGAAGCUCAAGCAACCACCAACAUGCACCUGUAUAGAUGUGACUCUCUUCCAUUUUCCUCCCUUCCCCUCCCCCUCAAGAUGCUCGAGCGCCAUCGUUUCUCCAGCCAAUCAUUUAUCCCCCUCCACUCCCCACCCCAUCAAGGGCAAUACCUCGUCGUAGUCGCCCACAAUGGAGAAGACGAUAAGCCCGACUUGUCCACACUGGCCGUAUUCCUUGCAAGUGGGCAGCAGGGCAUCUGCUACCUCCCUGGCAUCUGGCAUUUGCCUAUGACUCCCAUUGCCCCCGACAAUCAGACGACAGCGCUCGAUUAUGCUUGUAUCGUUGCGGAGAGCACCACACAACCUGAAUUGAACUGUGAUGAGGAAUGGUGGACACAGCCCAGCGUGGCAGUCAGCUUGUAAAAGUCGCCCCUCUCAGUGCUUUAGUCUUGCCUUGACAACUUCUUCAAAUUAGAUUUUCAUUCAGGUGUAAGCGACUAUCGUAUACUUUACAGAGUGGCUACGGGUCUCGAUUUGGGCAGAUACAAGUACCGUCCUUUGAUUCUCCUAAGAUCGCCUUUGUGUUCUGACCUCUGUCUCCAUCUCCAUCUACCAACCC